AUGUAGUUUGCAUCACCAACUGAAAAAGCCCCUCAUAAUCCUAAUAAGUAUGAGGUCACCACUUAAAAUAAUCACGUGGUUAGUGAUACACCUCUUAACACAGAAGUGGGCGAAGAGGACAAUCAAUUUUCAUAAUAAUAAUAACAAUAAUUAUAAUAAUAAUUACAACAGGAUUGAUUUAGACAUUAAACAUAUAAAUAUAUAUUUCAUAUAAAAAUCAAUUA